ACUACAUAACACAAAAGUGGCGGCAAACUGAAAUGUUGAGUAAACUUUGGUCUCAUAAGAAAAAUGGGAGCAACUAGCAACGAGGAAAUGGAAACCCUAGUUUUCAAUUUCGACCAAAUCUAUGAGGACUUUAAAGAAGGUAUAACAGAGAUUCAGUUACUGAAAUCAAAUUAUAAUUCUGAACUCAAACAUCGUGAAUCUCUCGAAUUCACUUGUUCAAAUCUUCAAUCAGAAAAUGAAAGACUUACAAAGAUGUACACUGAGUCGUUAAACAAAUUGGUUUAUCAGAUUGAGAAUCGAUCAAAAUGUCAAAGUUUGGUUGAAGAAUUGAAGAAGCUGAAUGACGAACGUCUCGUUAAAGAAGAUCAGGAGCAUAGGAAAGAAGUGGAGUUGCUGAAGCAAGUAUACACAAAAAAGAUUGAAGAUUGGGAUACACAAAUUAGGAGCUAUCUUCUUCAACAAGCAGCAAAUGAAGCAACAAUUGAUCAACAAAAACGUGAAUUGGUUGCACAUAAGAAUCAGAUUCAAGCCCUCACAAAGAGGAUAGAUUGGGUUCAUUCAGAUAUGGAAUCAGAACAUCAUCAAGAAAUUCGGGAUUUGAAAGACUGGCUUCUACUCGAAGAGGAAGAAAAGAAGGCUCUGAAUAAUAAGCUGCAAAUUGCAGAGAAGGAAUUGCUGGUUAGCAGAAAGAAGUUGGAGGAACAGCAAAGAGAUUCAACAUCAAAUCGUCAUGUUGAAACACUUAAGCAGAAGAUAAUGAAACUAAGGAAGGAGAAUGAAGCCCUGAAGAGACAAUUACCUAAAAAGUGAAAACAGACAGUGUUAAAUCUAUUGUUUGCGAAUGGCCUAACAAGAAGAGUAUGGUAUCGAAGAAAAAGCUAUGGGGUCUUAUUCCUUUUGCCAUUUGGUGGACCAUCUGAAGAAAAAGAAAUGCAAGGUUGUUAAGAAUAGAAAAAGAAAUGUUAAUCAACUCAUAAUCUCUGUAAACUACACUCUUUUUUAUUAGGCACUGCAUGAUAAGAUUGUUGAUGGCUACUUUUUUGAAU